GCUCCAGGGCCUGCUCACGCCAUGCCUGCCGCUCCAGGGCCUGCUCACGCCACGCCUGCCACUCCAGGGUCUGCACCCGUCAUGGCCGCCCACCCACAACCAGUCCAUAAGAUGGCCGCCAUCCCAGAGUCAGUUCACAAGAUGGCUGCCGUCCCUGAGCCAGUCCACAAGAUGGCCGCCAUCUCAGAGCCAGUCCACAAGAUGGCCGCCAUCCCCAAACCUGUUCACAAGAUGGGCGCCAUUCCAGAGCCAGUCCACAAGAUGGCCGCCUUCCCCAAGCCAGUUCACAAGAUGGCCGCCAUCCCAGAGCCACUCUAUAAGAUGGUUGUUGUCUCCAAAUCACGCCACAUGAUGACCCACGUUCUGGACUCACCCCUAAUGGCUGUAUGGACAGCUAAGAAGGCGCUCCCUCCUGUUGCGGCAGCUACCCCUUCCCCCAUCUUCCGAGUCAGGUCAAGUUGCAGCUGUGUCUCCUGUGUCAAGUCAAGCUACAGCUGCUGCUCCAAAGUCCAAGGCUUCCAAGUCAAGUCCAGCUUCAGGGUCAAGUCCAGCUUCAGAGUCCAGCCAAGCUACAGAGCCCGGUCAAGCUACAGAGCCCGGUCAAGCUACAGAGCCCGGUCAAGCUACAGAGCCCGGUCAAGCUACAGAGCCCGGUCAAGCUACAGAGCCCGGUCAAGCAACAGAGUCAAGUCAAGCAACAGAGUCAAGCAAGGACACAGCUGUUCCCCAUGAAUCAAGCCAAGACACAGCUGUUCCCCACGAGUCAAACCAAGUCACAGCUGUUCCCCACGAAUCAAGUCACGUUACAGAUGUCGUUCCUGAGCCAAGCCAUGUCGUUCCUGAGCCAAGCCAUGUCGUUCCUGAGCCAAGCCAUGUCGUUCCUGAGCCAAGCCAUGUUGUUCCUGAGUCAAGCCAAGUUGCAGCAGAUCUUCACGAGUCAAGUCUAAUUGCUGCUGUCUUCCCUGAGCCAAGUCAAGUUGCGGCUGUCGUCCAGGAGCCAAGCCAAGCCGCAGUUGAUCUUCAUGAACCAAAUCAAGCCACGGCAGGCCUCCCCGAGUCAAGUCCGGCCACGGCAGGCCUCCCUGAGUCAAGGCAGGAAACUGUUGUCCUACCAAAACCUCACCAGGUCCCCUCUCUGCCCGCCAGGUCGCAAUCAAGAAGACCCAUAUGAAACUCUCUGCCUGUCAUGCCACGGCCAAGAAAAUCAUGCAUGAACACACCGCUCUGUUAUGCAUGUCAUUAGUCCCACUGUGGAUAUCUCUGCUCCUGUUUGCUCUGCCUGUUCUGCCUGCCCUGCAAUGGCUCCCUGUUAUGCCUGCUCUGCCUGCCUCGCCAUGGCUUCCUGUUAUGCCUGCUCUGCCUGCCUCGCCAUGGCUCCCUGUUAUGCCUGCUCCGCCUGCCCCACCAUGGUCCCCUACUCUGCCAUUGCUCCACGGCCCAGGCCCUCCAGUACUACACGGUCUGCUACUGCUCCACGGCCCAGGCCCUCCAGUACUUCACGGUCUGCUACUGCUCCACGGCCCAGGUCCUCCAAGGUUCCACUGUCUGCCACAGCUCCACAGUCCAGGUCCUCCAGUGCUUCACUGUCUGUCCCUGCUCCACGAUCCAGGUCCUCCAGUGCUUCACUGUCUGUCCCUGCUCCACGAUCCAGACCCACCUGCUCUACAUAGACCUGGCCCUCCGUCCCACCCCCUGUUUUGCCUCUGUUCCCCCACCCACCUGGACUGUUCUUUUGAGCGCCAGGAGUCGCUCCUGGG